AUGCCGGCUACGACUGCCGACACUCUCUCCCUAGUCGCUCGCACCGUUUCCGUUGCUCCCUUGGUACUUCUAUCGGUCGCGGAUCAUUACGGUCGGACAGCAAAAGGUACUCACAGGCGGGUGGUUGGCGUACUGCUGGGCCAAAAUGACGGGCAGAAUGUUCGAGUAUCAAACAGCUUUGCAGUUCCGUUUGAAGAGGACGACAAAAACCCCUCCGUCUGGUUUUUAGACCACAAUUUUGUGGAAGCGAUGAAUGAUAUGUUCAAGAAGAUCAAUGCGCGAGAGAAACUCAUUGGAUGGUAUCAUUCCGGACCCAAACUGAGAGCAUCAGAUUUGGAGAUUAACGAACUGUUCAAACGAUAUACACCGAAUCCUUUACUAGUUAUUAUUGAUGUGCAGCCAAAAGAAGUUGGCGUUCCCACUGAUGCAUACUUUGCUGUAGAGGAGAUUAAAGACGACGGAACGACAACUGCAAAAACUUUUGUUCACACCCCAUCUAUAAUUGAAGCGGAAGAGGCUGAAGAAAUAGGCGUGGAGCAUCUUCUCAGAGAUAUUCGCGACGUCGCAGUUGGCACCCUCUCUACAAGAAUAACAUCACAACUCCAAUCAUUACAAGGAUUACACCUAAGAUUGCGCGACAUCGGGCAAUAUUUACAAAAGGUUCUUGACGGUGAAUUACCCGUCAAUCAUGCCAUCUUGGGAAACCUUCAGGAUAUCUUUAACCUCCUCCCCAACCUUGCAACUGCAAAACAACGCACUCCAGGAAAUGCUUCAGAGCCCACACAAAUCGAAAAUGCAGAGCUCGCGCGUGCUAUGAACAUUAAGACCAAUGACCAAUUGAUGUCAAUAUACAUAAGCAGUUUGAUUCGAGCUAUCACUGCCUUCCACGAUUUAAUCGAAAAUAAAAUCCAGAACCGUCAACAGCAGGAAGAGCAGGAGGCCAAGGCAGAAGAGUCAAAAGAUGAAAAAGCUACGACAAAUGGCAGUAGUGAAGAGAAGAAAAAGAAGAAUGACGGCGAGAAACAAGAUGAACCAGACAGCUCGAAGGACAAGGACAAGAACAAGAAAAAGGGAUAA